ACGGAGCCCACGCCGCGCAUCCGCAGUAGGCUCGCCAUGGCGAUGGGCAGCGGCGGCGUCUCGGAGCAGGAGGAUUCGGUGCUGUUCCGUCGCGGCACGGGCCAGAGUGACGAUUCUGACAUUUGGGAUGAUACAGCAUUGAUAAAAGCUUAUGAUAAAGCUGUGGCUUCAUUUAAGCAUGCUCUAAAGAAUGGUGACAUUUGUGAAACUUCAGAUAAGCCAAAAACCACACCUAAAAGAAAACCUGCUAAGAAGAAUAAAAGCCAAAAAAGGAAUACUGCAACUCCCCUGAAACAGUGGAAAGUUGGUGACCGAUGUUCUGCCAUUUGGUCAGAAGACGGCUGCAUUUACCCAGCUACCAUUGUUUCCAUUGAUUUCAAGAGAGAAACCUGUGUGGUGGUUUACACUGGAUACGGAAAUAGGGAGGAGCAAAAUCUGUCUGAUAUACUUUCCCCAACCUCUGAAGCAACUAAUAACGUUGAACAGAAUGCUCAAGAGAAUGAAAAUGAAAGUCAGAUUUCAACAGAUGAAAGUGAGAACUCCAAGUCUCCUGGAAAUAAGCCAAAUAACAUCAAGUCCAAAGCUGUCCCAUGGAACUCUUUUCUCCCUCCACCGCCCCCCAUGCCUGGGUCAGGACUGGGACCAGGAAAGUCAGGUUUAAAAUUCAAUGGCCCACCACCACCACCACCACCACCUCCCUUCCUGUCAUGCUGGCUGCCUCCAUUUCCCUCGGGACCACCAAUAAUUCCCCCACCACCUCCCAUAUGUCCAGAUUCUCUUGAUGAUGCCGAUGCUUUGGGAAGUAUGUUAAUCUCUUGGUACAUGAGUGGCUAUCAUACUGGCUAUUAUAUGGGUUUCAGACAAAGUCAAAAAGAAGGAAGGUGCUCACAUUCCAGUUAAGGAGUGAGUGUGCUGUCUGUCGUUAGCCAGUGGAUCUUGCUUUUGUAUAAACCUUAUGGUUUGGGAAAAACAGUGAUUCUGAACAUUAAAAAAACUGAAAUGUUAAAAAGUUGAAUUGUUAAUGUAAAGCAAUAUAAAGACAUUUUGAUUCCAGAACUAUUAGAUAAAAGGUUGAUCUACAUUUGUGUUAGAGUUCUUCUGGUGUCAUAGUAUUGUCUCAGCAGAUAUUUACUGGUUGGUUAUGUGGAAACACAUACUUUUACAGUAAGGAGAUCCUUAGGUUCUGAUGACACAUGACAUGUGUUUUAAUUUGUAACGCAGUGUGACCUGUGCAUACUGUGCUGCACACUGUAUGACCUGUGAAGUGUUCUGGUCAAGAAAGUGUAACUCGAAUUUAGCUCUUUAGAUCUAAUUUGCUAUUUGCAGGAAAUACAGGGGCUAGAGCAACAACUUAAAUGAUACCACUAACGAAACAAAGUAAGCAGACAUAUCCAGACUAUGGAAUGUGGUAGAAGAUAACUGGCCUCAUUUCUUCAAAAUAUCGGUGUUGGGGAAGAAGCAGGGAGGUGGAGGCGCAAUGGGUCGCGAUGCUAGAUUGAAAGUUAUGUUAAGAGAAGAACAGCCAAAUGCCGUGUGGAACCUUUGAUUGGACCCUGGUUGGAAAAGCCAUUUGUAAAAGACGUGGUGGGGUGGGGCUGAGAAAAUUGAAUGUGGACUAGAUUUUGAAUGAUGUUAGAUAAGUAGUGCUAAUUUUGUGAGUUCUGCAAAGGGUGUUGUCGUUUAUAAGAGAAUGUCUUAAUUUGCAUACCGAAGUAUUUAGGAAUGAAGUGUCUCUUAAAAUGGUUUAGCAGGAUAUAUGUGUGUGAAGCAUAGAUGGCAAAAUGUUCAUGAAUCUAACUGGUGUAUAUAUGGAUGUUUAUUGUGCUAUUUUUUCUAUUUACUGUAUGCUUAAAAGUAUAUAAUAAAAUAUUUAAUAUUUUCAUAAAAUUA